GCCAGAUCCCAUUGGUUGCUUCGGGUCCGUUUUGAAAAAGUCGCUGAUUUGAGGCUUUGAGGCGGAGGGAAGAUUCAAAACUAGACAAACAGAAACAGUGAAACCAGCACAGGCACCACGCUACGAUGACGAGACAACUGAAGGGUAAAACCCCCCGCAGGCAUCCUCCAAAAAAAACCUCCAGCAACCAGACGGACCCAGUUGGGGUAUAUUGCCGUGUGCGACCCCUGGGAGCUGAGGAUGAGGAAUGCUGCAUUGAGGUGAUCAGCAGUACCACCAUCCAGAUGCACACCCCGGAGGGCUUCAAAACAAACCGCAAUGGAGAAUACAAAGAGACACAGUACUCCUUCAAAAAAGUCUUUGGAGUUUCAGUGUCACAGAUGGAGCUCUUUGAGCAUGUGGCGAAACCUCUUGUUGAUGACCUCAUCCGUGGAAAAAAUGGUCUGCUUUUCACGUACGGGGUGACAGGAAGUGGAAAGACUUUCACCAUGACAGGUUCUCCAGGCCAGGGUGGACUUCUGCCUCGCUCCCUUGACAUGAUUUUCAACAGUAUAGGUCCUUACCAGGCCAAGAGAUAUGUAUUUAAGACUGAUGAGAAAAACAGUAUUGAGAUUCAGACUGAAGUAGAUGCUUUGUUGGAGCGCCAAAGGCGGGACAACAACUUGUCUGUUCCUAAAACACCCUCCACUAGGCUAAAGGCUGAUCCUGAAAUUGCUGACAUGAUUAAGCCAGAGGAGGCCUCUAAAUCAGAUGGCGUGGAUGACGACAGCAGCUACAGUGUCUUCGUCUCCUACGUAGAAAUCUACAACAACUACAUCUAUGAUCUCCUGGAGGAAACUCAGGAAGAUGCAAUCAAGCCAAAGUGGAAUGGUGGAGGCACACCAGUGCGCCAGAACACUGAGUUGAUACCGCCUCAGUCUAAAAUCCUCAGAGAGGAUCAGAAUCACAUCAUGUAUGUGGCCGGUUGUCUGGAGGUUGAAGUCAAAUCUGCCGAGGAGGCUUUUCAAGUGUUCUGGAGAGGUCAAAAAAAGAGGAAGGUUGCGAACACUCGGCUGAAUAGAGAGUCCAGUCGCUCUCACAGUGUGUUCAUUAUUAAACUGGCUCAGGCGCCUCUUGAUGCAGAUGGCGACAACGUUCUCCAGGAUAAGAACCAGAUAAGUGUUAGUCAACUGUGCCUGGUGGACUUGGCAGGAAGCGAGCGAACUGGCAGGACAGGGGCAGAAGGCACUCGUAUACGUGAAGCAGGUAACAUAAAUCAGUCUUUGCUGAAUCUGAGGACAUGCAUCGAGAUACUUCGAGAAAACCAAAUGUGUGGCACAAACAAGAUGGUCCCCUAUCGAGACUCCAAAAUAACCCACCUGUUUAAAAACUACUUCGAUGGAGAGGGAAAAGUUAGAAUGGUUGUCUGUGUCAAUCCCAAGACUGAUGACUAUGAGGAAACCCUGCUGGUGAUGCGGUUUGCAGAGAUGACCCAAGAGGUGGAAGUGGCCAGGCCAGUGGACAGACCAAUCUGUGGCUUUACUCCAGGCCGUCGUCAUAGAAACCAGGCAUUCAAAGAUGAGCUGUCUCGCAGAUUGGAAGAACGUGGUGGCCCCAUAGAUCCUGACAUGCCUGCUGCUGCAAACACUCUGAUCCUCAGUCUCCCAUCUCUACCCUCCUGUGAGCUGACUGACCCACAUGAUGACAUCACGCUGCCCAGGCUGAUUGAAGCCCUGAAGAACAGGCAGAGGAUCAAGCAGAUGCUGAUUGAGGAAUACAGUAAAACAGCCAACAUGAUGAAGCCUGUGCUCCAAGAACUGGAUACCAGCCUAAUUUCCAAAGACAACUUUAUUCAGGAACAAAACGGCAAACUGAUAGAGAAAGACAAAAUCAUCAAAGGCAACAAGGCAGAGAUUGAACGUUUAGAGAAGAAAACAAAGAUGCAAGAACACAAGAUUGACAUCCUGCAGAAAACAACUAAAAUCUUUGAAGAUGACAAGCGCUCGCUGCAGCAUGAGCUGGAAACCAGAGAGCAGAGGCUGCAGAGGGAGCUGUCAGAGAAGAGACGCAUGGAGCAGCGCAUGCAUGGCGUGAUCUCGGACACCCAGUUCAAGUGGGAGAAAGAAUGUGAGAGACGUGUUAAUGCACUGCAGCUUGAGAUGCAAAAUAAGCUGUGGGUGAAAGACGAAAAGCUGAAGCAGCUCAAGGCCAUCGUGACAGAGAGCAAGACUCCAGGUCGCCCUGAACCUCCACCCCGUCAGACGCAGCCACAGCCUCCACCACAACCACAGCAUCAGCCCCGUUCUCAGCGACCCUCCAAAGAGGACCGCCUACCGCCAAAGAGAUCAGCACUGUUUGAUGUGCUGUACUGCAUUAUUAUCCCCGGCUCCUCACCGCAUGCCCUCCACCACCAAGUGGUGUGA